AUGGCCACAGGCUCAUCCCUAUCUACAGCAGAUGAAGCGUUAAGUACGACGGAAGAAAAAGCAAAUUUCAUCCGGUUGUCACGGCUCUUGAUGCGUGGAGGACUUACACUAUUAAGGGAGGUGUUUGAUAAUAUCCAUCCACCAGUUAACCUUCCAGCUGUGCUUGGUAACCCCGCCAUAAAGAAGAAGCUGCAGACUCUGAGGGGGAAAAAGGUCCUUUUCUUCCCCGAAUGGGAACGUCUUUACAACUCAUCCGGGCCAGGAGUGUACGGAAAGUCGGCCGAUUUUGAUAUCAGCCUACUUUAUAAAUUGCUUCGGGAAAUAUGUAACUUUACCGCUCCUACUACUGGAUGGCACAACAUGCCUAACAACAGUGAUUACAGCCUCCAAGCAGACAUAGUGAGAAUCAGGUGUUACCGAAACACAAUUUAUAGUCACUACCAUCGCUUCGAGGUAACGGAUGCUGACUUCGAGAAGUUUUGGAUUGAAAUAAGUGAGGCCCUAUUGAGAAUUGCUGGCCACAUAAGCAGCGCAAGAAGAGAUGAAUGGAAGGAGUCUAUCGAAAAGUUUCUCCAUGAUCCACUUACACCAGAUGCAAAGAAAUGUGUUGAUGAACUUCGCUUUUGGUACCUUGAGGAGAUGGAAAUAAAAGGUGAACUCGAAAAGCUAAGCGUAAAGAUGGAACAGGUUCAAAAUGAACAACAACAAACGGAUAAGGACAUGAAACUUGAGUUCGGAAAAGUGCACCAAGAACUUCAAAGUCAAGAAGUAACGAUGAAGCAGAUGCAAAGUAAACAAGAACAAAUGGAGCAAGAUGUGUUGAGUAUUAGGAUCGCCCUCGAACAUCUCGCGACAAGUGAGUCACGUAUUAGUCCAGGUAAAUUGCCCAUUGCCCCACAAAUGGAAGGUGCCCAAUCACCGUCUGAAAGUGUGGAGAUACGCAUAACCACAGCUCCAGAGCAGCCACCAGAGGAAGGUACCACUCGCCUAUCCACAGGCACGGAACUGCAAGUCAGUCAGCAGAAUCGCUCUUUAGUUGUUGAUUUUUGGUUUGCUGUUUAUUCAUUCGGCAAGAGCUCAGUGAAUCUCCUAAUCAGAUACUUGAAAGAGAAGCUUGGAGUUGAAGUUCAGGAGUGUAGUCAAGGCAGCCUGAUCAUUAAAGUCUCGUGCCGUUCAUUGGAAGUUCUUGAGGCAUUAUGGAUAGAAUAUUGUACAGGCCAUCUCAACAAAGUAGUUCAAGAUACGCUUGUAACGCCAGAAGUUUUGGAAAAACUUGACCUCAGGGAGGCAAAACUGAGAACCGUUAUUUCAGAGAAAGACUACUUAUCACACCAAGAGUUUCUGAAGAACAGAUCAGGUAAUCAUAAAAAAUCUUUACAUGGCUUUUACAAACCAACAGAUAGUAAUAAUUUUCAAGGUCCAAAAAUUUAAUAAGCGCCCAGGGCGGUUAAUCGAAUAAAUACGGUAUUCCGGAUAUCACAAAAACCUCAUCCAAUAAUUAACAAUUAAUGAAUGAGGCUGAGUAUCUUAUGAAGAAUUAUGGAGAUCGAGGAGGGUAUUAUCCGUCAAGAUCGUAGGCGGAGGCGGAUAACGCCCUCCGAGACCCCCAUAAUUCAUAGCAUACGAAAGUCGAAUUCAAUAAUUGUUUUAUUAUUCAUUCAAAAGAAUUUCUACUUUAAAAACAAGCUAAUUAAAACAUGCUUACCUCCAUCGAUGUUAAGUUCAUCUUCGAUAGCUAGUGCACUUUUAGGGUUGUUCAGCUCUCCAAAUAGCAGAUGUCGCCCUUCGAUUUGUCUUCUUGCUGUUCUCGCAAUGUUUUUAGCUAUUAUUUCGCCUAGUUCUUACCCUUGAAGCGAAUGAAAUGUCCGCCAUUUUUGUUUUCACAACCAAAACAAUUCAACCUCGUCCCCAGGUCUUCUCGGCUAACGGUGCAUUAACCUGCAAGGAAUCGGCACUUUUGACGCCAUCGGUUGAUUAACCGCAAAAUUCUUCCAAAUUUGGUGAUCAGUAGCUGGGUAUGGCGAAUUAUGCGUGUGCUUUUAGCCAAUCAGAAUCGGGGAAAUAUUUUGAAUGAAUAAUAGUUGUUUAUCAUGUGAUGCUAUUUUGAAUAUACUCCAGCUCACCCAACCUGCCUGCACUGAUAUUGCUCCUCCGAGUCGUCUUCGGCCGUCCUCUCGCUCUUUGCCUUCAACUUUAGUACUGUUGUUCAAUCAUUUUCACCCUUCUCAUGAGUACUUGCCCUGGCCAAUUCCACCUCCUGAGACAUCCGCUAGCUCACUGACUCUCUCUCUAGUUUAUCGCCCUUUUGCAGCUCAAUAAACGACAGACAUUUGUCUAUGAUCUUUUUUUAUUUUACAUUACUGCUGAUUUUAUGUUACUUAUUUUGCUUUAGCCCUGUACUGAGCAGAAGAACGAGAUAACGUGGGAGUUUCCAUUAUCAUUAAUUUGGCCUCAAGGGAAGCAGAUGGGUCUGCUUUUCAAUAUUUCUAUACAGAGCCUUCACAAGAAGCACAUUUGGCAGAUAGACUAGACUGAUAUACAUUGUGGUUAAGCUAAAAUUUUCUGUGCUCUUGAUCUCUCUUCAGAUAAAACAGCAACGAAUUCUCCGCAACCAGCUAUUUUCGAGCCUAAGUUUGCUGAAGUUGAGCCGAGAUAGAUGUUGUGAUGAAAUCAUAUCUUUAUAUAAAAUUUCCACAUGAAACUAGUGAAUCGCUCACCAAAACCGCGUCUUUUUUGAAACCGUUGUCCAGAGAGGUUUAAGGUCCACACGAGUAUCCUGUGUGACGUUAAGGGAUCCGUACACUGUAGUGUACGGCCAUACACUGUUCGUAAAGAGUAGGGGACACAGCAGUCAGCGGUGUGGCGGUCUAUCUCAGUUUCAUUUCCACAUCAGGGACAUUUAUAAAUCAUUAUUCCAAGACCCGUAAAGAGUAAAAUUUAAAAACGGGUUUGCUUAACUCAAACUUUGCGUCACUAGUUGUCGCAGUUUUCUAACGCAAAGAGAAAAAUGAAAAAAUGACCCCCGAUAUGACAUAUACAAUGUUAUCGCAUGUGCAGUGAAAUCUGCCAAGGCAAUCCAAUGAUGCUAUAAUUUCAAGGGAAGCAAGGCCGUCGCCCUCGCGAAGCCCAGGUUGAUAUUAAGCUUCGUUGUGCGCAUGCCCUUCUCCUUUGCCCGUCACCGCCGUUGUCUUAUCUACAAAUAAAUGGAAGAGAACAACAAACAAAGAACGCAAUGAUUUAAGUGUUUGCUGCAUGAUCACUCUCAGCUACUGCAUCAAGUUAGAUAGCUGUAUAUCUGGGUUGGGUUCGCAAUGAAGUCUCUUCCUCGAGUUUCUCCUCCCAAGAGAUCGUAGCUCGUCCUUUGUUAAAGACCAAAAUAAACAAUGCACAAUGCCUUCAAGGUAAAGAAUGACACAUCUCCAAGCAAAAAAGGACGCUGGAAUUCAUUCAAUCGCUUGUGUUUUCAGCUAGGGAUAACAAUAUUUACCAGGUUAGAUUCCUGGUUCUGUUUUAGGAUCCGCAACAACGCUGGUAUUUAGCAACGUAAUAGUAGCCAGUCAUAGUUGGUGUUUUACUUCAUCGGAUUGCUUCGUUCCCAGGAUCUCUCUUCUUACCAUGUCUCUUCCUUACAGGGAAGUGAAAGAAGAGAGACCCUGGGAACAAUUGGUAUUGUUCUGUUGUGAGAUUUACCUUUAUGACAAGGUCGACUCUUCUUUUAUUACACAGGUAGAAGUACUAUCGCAUCAUUAACUGGAAUCCUGCUUGACGUUUCCGGUUCCAUGCGUCGUAGUAUUGGAACGGGUACUGAUGAAGAAGGAGGACCGUGGGCUCGUUCGAUCUUUGAGGUUAUAAAUAACUUUGUAAAACACGACUUUCCUUCAGAUAACCAUGUAUUUGCCAUUGGCUUCGGGGCUAAUUGUGGUGUCGAAAUGUUUGACAUCAUAGGAACUCUUAAAAAAAUUGAAAAACAAAGAGAAAGGAUUGAUCAAGCAGAAAUCACUGAAAUUAUUGAUCAAAAGCCUGUCACACCAACGCACAUAGACUUGAUUUUUCAUAAAUUAGAGGGAGUCGGUGCACACACUAUCCGCAAAUGGGUAACUGAAGAAAAAUUCAGCAGAGUAGUAACGGAUGAUAUGGCCGUCAUGCUACUCAAUAAAUUUGAAUCCGACAAAUCGUUUCUAAAAAAAUUCGUUCAAGAGUUUCUACCACCAGCUUCUCGAGAUUGGUCUGAAAGCGUUCCAAAGGGUCUGUCAGGCCACUUGUAUAGCGCGCAAAGUGCGGCUGCGACAGUGACUAGCUUUAAGCGUGCUACAGUAGAAGAUAUCAGAGAAGUGGUAAGUCGGGUCGCACCCUAUUUGGUAGAUGAAAAGAGGGAAAAGGCGGAGCCAAAAUUGCUGGAAGAAAAGAAAGAAACAGUAGGUGUUACCCGAGAUUCCAUUUUCAAUGUUCAAGAAGCCUCAGAUGUUCUCCAUGGGUGCUUUGAUGGAAAAGAACUCUCCAAAGAGAGGAGUCGGGAAUUACUGAGGAACGUAGAGCCCUAUAUUUACGGGGAAAAGCCUUUAUGUCAGUCGAUUGAGAAGGCGACAGAACUGUUUCAAACAAAAGCAUCUAUGUUUUCCUGUCACAAAAAGCUACUGUUCAUCUUGUCAGACGGAGAGCCUACAGAUGGAGAAACUACGGACCGGGCAAGAAUAGAUCGCAUGGUCUCAAACUUGACCACAGCAGGCGUGACCGUAGUGAGCUGCUCUAUCACUGACUCUGCAAGUAUUAACCCCAAACGACUAUUCAGCAAGAUGGAACCUGACUGGGACCGGGGUGCAAAGUUCCUUUUCUCAUUGAGCUCGAAAUUUUCAUCGCAAUCGCUACCACGCACAAUGUUUGUUAAACCUGAUUGGGCCAUCGAUAUCACCAGCAAUGAAACACACUUGUUCUUGCAGGUCAAUCAUCCAAGAAACUUGCAAAGCGCUUGUAAGUUGGCUGAAGAUGUCGUUUUUUGUAAAGAUACGUUAUCGGAUGUGCUUUCAUCUGUAGAUGUAGAUAUAUUCCAUAUCCAGAAAGACGUGGUGGCCCAUAAAGCAAAAGAAGAGCAAUCAAGGAACACCCGCCAUGUGAAUGCAUGUGCUACAGUACUUUAUUUGUCCAUGAAACGAAUUCUUAGUCGCAAAGGAGGAUAUCCAAGUUUUGAGGAAUUAAGAAAAAAAUGUAUCCACCUUCGUGGAAUUGACUUUGACGACCCCCUCCAAAUUCUACAGGAAAUUUGCCCGGCUUACCGUUUGCGUUGCAGAGAAGUUGACCUCAAGGAUGCCUUAGAAGCAGUUUCUUCAAGCGAGCCACGGCCAGUGGUGGCAAGUUGUUGGCUAACUCAGCAACAAUGGGAAAGCUUCAGAAAAUUCUUUAGUGAUGAUAGUAACCGGAAACGUAUUUUGAAGAAGAAGGAUAUUGCUCUAACAGCCCCUCAUCCCAAAACCUCUACCAUUGGUCGUUCAGUAGUGUUAACCAGUUUCGACAGCGAAAGUCUUCGACUGUUAAAUUCUUGGGGAGAAGACUGGGGGGACAUGGGAUUUUUUCGAGUACAGAACGCAGAUGUUCUUGGGUUAAAAUUCAUCGACGUAUACUGGGAAAAAAAAGAUUUGGCAGAGGAAGAGAAAACCUAUUACGAGAAAAAUAGAUCCGUCGUUCCCAGAGAGUUAAUGAAGUUGCUGGCAAGUCUUAAGCAAGCUGAAUACACCUGCCCUAUGGCCGAAUGCAGCAAGAUAUCUCGGGUGAUGGAGUUUACUGGAUCCCUGUCACGCGCAAAGUGUCCCAAAUGUGGCAAAGAGUUUUCUACAAAGAAUGCCCAGGAAGAGAACAUUUUGGCUCUUAGUAUUUAUCUUACUUCUUUAAUAAGAUGA